GGUUCUUUGUCACCAAAAUAGCCAGUGGCAUUGUAGGGGGAGAAAGGGGGACCUUUGCUGGAUUAUCCAGGGACCAGCUCCUCAGAGAGGCUUUCCCUCACUCCCCAGCCUCCACCCUCUGGGCAGUAGUAUGUGACCCUCUGAGCUCCUAGACUGUUAUCCUGUGCCAACCACAAGUGAGCCCAGUGCUAGCCUGAUACCAGAACAGACAUCAGUGCCCAUCUGUGAACGAAGCUGCCACAGCCCUGCUGUCUGCUGAGGAGGCCUUCCCCAUGCAACUGAACCCCAAGACCGACUGUUGGUGCUGAAGGCCAAAGGCUGUCAGAUGACAACAUAUGGUGUCCACCUGCUGCUGGGAGGACUUCCUCAGGCCUUGUCCUGGGCAGAACAAUCUGUGUGAACCUAGACUGCAAACCCCAACGGCCUCUUCAUCCUCCUACUGUCUCAGGCCAGCUCAGUUUGCACACUGAGGCUUUGAAGCUGCAGGCAGCAGUCACGUGUGGGGCAUUCAUUAGACCCUGCCAUAUAAGCUGAGGGGACGGAGUGGCCAGAAACUCUCCGGGCAAGGAUCCAGCAAGCAGAGGUCAUGCUGCCUGCAGUGCUGCUGAGCUGUGCCCUGCUGCUGGCACUGCCCCCCAUGCAGGGGGCCCAGAUGGGCCUGGCCCCCCUGGAAGGCAUCAGAAGGCCUGACCAGGCCCUGUUCCCAGAGCUCCCAGACCUGGGCCUGCAGUCCUCGCUGAAAAGGACAACUGCAGAACAAUCAGAAGCCCUGCUGCAGGAGGCCGAGGCUUUGGCAGAGGUACUAGAUCCGGAGGGGCGCGAGCCACGCUCCCCGCGUCGCUGCGUAAGGCUGCAUGAAUCCUGUCUGGGACACCAGGUACCAUGUUGCGACCCAUGUGCCACGUGCUACUGCCGUUUCUUCAACGCCUUCUGCUACUGCCGCAAGCUGGGUACUGCCAUGAACCCCUGCAGCCGUACCUAGUGGGUCGACGUCGGGGUCGGGGCUGUACACGAGGUAGCGAAUAAAG